AUGCUAAUUUAUGCAACAGAUGAUGGCAGAAUGCGUUCCGCAAUGGAGCAAAUAGGAGGUCAUAUCUCAGUACUUAAUCCUAGCAGAUAUGGUCAGGUUGAUUGGUCAAGCUUUGAAGGUGUUAUUGUAGAUUCUCUGGAAGCAAAAGAUGCUAUUUCAAGCCUUAUGCAGGCACCUUUUUGUUCUGUUCCGCUUAUAUGGAUAAUUCAAGAAGAUACCCUGGCAAAUCGUCUUCCACUGUAUGAGAACAUGGGAUGGGAACAACUUAUUUCUUACUGGAGAAAUGCUUUUACCCGAGCUGAUGUUAUUGUUUUUCCGGAUUUUUCUUUGCCGAUGUUAUAUAGUGUGCUUGACACCGGAAACUUCUUUGUGGUUCCUGGAUCACCAUUAGAUGUUUGGGUUGCAGAAAGCUACAGUAAAACCCACUCCAAAGUUCAGUUAAAGUUGACCAGUGGGUUCAGUAAGGAAGAUAUGCUGGUUCUAGUUGUUGGAAGUUCUUUCUUCUUCAACGAACUAUCAUGGGAUUAUGCAGUGGCAAUGCAUGACAUUGGACCUCUGCUAAUGAAAUAUGCUAGGGCAAAGGACUCCAGUAGGGCAUUUAAGUUUCUUUUCGUGUGUGGAAAUUCCACUGAUGGAUACAGUGAUGAUUUGCAGGAAAUUGCUACUCAUUUAGGAGUGCAUCAGGAUUCAGUACGACACUACGGGAUGAAUGGUGAUGUGAAUGGCUUGUUAUAUAUGGCUGAUAUUGUUUUUUAUGGGUCCUCCCAAGAUGUACAAGGUUUUCCACCAUUGCUUGUGCGAGCAAUGUCAUUUGGAAUCCCUAUUGUUGCACCUGACUUCCCUGUCAUAAGGAAAUAUAUUACUGAUGGAGUCCAUGGGAUUAUUUAUCCAAAACAUAAUCCUGAUGCAUUGAUGAGAGCUUUCUCGCUUUUAAUAUCAGAAGGAAAACUCUCUAAAUUUGCACAUACUGUGGCUUCCUCUGGAAGGCUGUUAGCUAAGAACAUGAUGGCAUCAGAUUGCAUUUCUGGCUAUGCAGAACUUUUGGAAAGUGUCCUCACGUUCCCAUCAGAUGUCGAACUGCCAGGUCAGAUUUCGCAGCUUAAACGAGGAGCAUGGGAAUGGAAUUUGUUCAGGAAGGAAAUGGAACUGAGUGCUAAUGACAUGGGAAUUAUGGAUCAGAAGAGGUCCUACCUGGGGAAUUCUAGCAUUGUUUAUGUCCUUGAGGAAGAGUUUACAAAACUCACUGGUUUAAGGAAUGGUUCUCAGAGUGAAUUGGAGAACCUGGUGCAGGAUAUUCCUUCUGACCUAGAUUGGGAUAUCUUAACAGAGAUAGAAAACUCUGAAGAGGUGGAAAGGCUGGAACAGGAGGAGAUUGAAGAAAGGAUGGAGAAAGAUUCUGGUGUGUGGGAGGAGAUAUAUCGAAAUGCUCGGAAAUCAGAAAAAAUGAAGUUUGAAAUGAAUGAAAGGGAUGAAGGAGAGCUAGAAAGGACAGGCCAAGCAUUAUGCAUAUAUGAGAUAUAUGAUGGAGCUGGAGUUUGGCCCUUUUUGCACCAUGGUUCUUUAUACCGUGGGUUAAGUCUUUCCACCAGAGGGCGAAGAUUGAGGUCAGAUGAUGUAGAUGCAGUUCAGCGGCUUCCCCUCUUGAAUAAUGCAUACUAUCGGGAUAUACUUUGUGAGAUGGGAGGCAUGUUUGCUGUUGCUAAUGGUGUGGAUAACAUUCAUAAACGGCCAUGGAUUGGCUUUCAAUCUUGGCGUGCUGAAGGCAGGAAGGUUUCAUUGUCAACUGAAGGUGAACGAAUUCUGGAAGAAACAAUAAAAGCUAAUACUAAAGGGGAUACAAUUUACUUUUGGGCAAGUGUGAACAUUAAUGGUGGACAUCUUGGAAAUACUCAUUUGCCUACCUUCUGGUCAAUGUGUGACAUCCUUAAUGGAGGAAAUUGCCGUACUGCCUUUGAAGAUACCUUCCGCCGUAUGUAUGCUUUGCCUUCACACGCUGAAGCACUUCCUCCCAUGCCUGAAGAUGGUGGUCGCUGGUCUGCUCUGCAUAGUUGGGUCAUGCCAACGCCUUCCUUUCUGGAGUUCAUAAUGUUUUCCAGGAUGUUUGCUGAUUCUCUUAAUGGAUUGCAUGGCAAUUCAAGCAAUGCAACGACUUGUUUGUUGGGUUCCUCAAACCUUGAGAGGAAGCAUUGUUACUGCCGGAUUUUGGAAAUCCUAGUCAAUGUUUGGGCCUAUCAUGGUGCCCGGAAAAUGAUAUACAUUGACCCACACACGGGUUCAUUGGAAGAACAGCAUCCAGUUGAACAGCGGAAGGAAUAUAUGUGGGCCAAGUUCUUCAAUUUCACACUAUUGAAGAGUAUGGAUGAAGAUCUGGCAGAAGCUGCUGAUGACGAUGAUCACCCGAGUGAAACAUGGUUGUGGCCAUUAACAGGGGAGGUAUACUGGCAAGGUGUAUAUGAAAAAGAGAGGGAAGAGAGAUACAGACUAAAGAUGGACAAGAAGAGGAAAACAAUGGAGAAACUACUUGAUAGAUUCAAGUAUGGCUACAGGCAGAAAUCGCUCGGAGGAUAG